GUCAAAUAUCCAUUUAUGUCAAAAUCAACAAAACCAAUUCAACAAUGAGUCCAAAACAUGUGUGUAAAUUAGAAAAUGAACCUGUAAAAUCAUUUUUGCCUCCACUUCAUCCGGCAGGAAAAUGUCACCAAAAAUUUCAAAGAAAGCUAAGAUUGCUCUUGACGCUGAACGAUAAGGAUCUAAGAUGCAAAACGUUUUUCAGAACUACAUCUUCACUACGUAACGAACAGAGAAGACAUGGCAAAAGUCCCUAUUGGUUCGUAAUACAUCCUUUUAGUAAAAUGAAUGUCUUCAUAGAAAGACUUUUUUUGAUUUUGUUUAUUGAACGAUGGCUUUUUUUCGUAGCCAUUUAUGAUAGACCAUAUUCGAUUGUUGUCCUUCAUUAUAUUAGAGAUUUUUUCCAUGCAUUGGUAAUGGCUGCUUUUUUUAUAACAGGGUAUAUAGAGUCUAAGAUCAAUAAAAUAAUCAUAUCUCCAAAGAAGAUAGCAAUGCGUUAUUUAAAAACGUACUUUUUCAUAGACUUCUAUGUUCUAUUAGAAGAUAAUUGUGAUGUAGUUGUGGAAAAUAUAGUUAUUUGGUUGCAGAAAAAUGUGUCUUGGGCUCCAGAAACGUCAGUUCCCUUUGUUAUUCCUCUUAGCGUUUUAAGCAUUGUCUGUUAUAUCAUUAGAAUGAGAAGCAUUCUAAAAAUUAUUAAAUUUAAUGCUGCAUCUCUAGGUCUUGGUAAACUAUCUACUUUUAUAUUGACUCAAUCAACAAUGGUAAUUUUCGUGUUACACUUUUACACUUUUCAGUUCUACCACAUUCCUUGGCAGAUAUAUUUUCAUAAUAAUUAUAUUCCUGAAGAUAGUUGGAUAGUUAAACGUAAUAUAACUAGUGUUGAAUAUACUUUUGAGUCUUAUACAGAAGGAUUUCUGAUAGUUCUAUCUUACUUUUUAGGAUCGAGUUACUCGGAUAUUAUAACUCAACCAAAUGAACAGCUUCUUCUUUUUAUAUUUUGUUUUACUGGUAGACUCUAUGUCCUUGUAAUUAUAGGAAAGAUUUUAGUGUAUUUUGGAAUUGGAGAUACUGGUGAAAGUCAGUACGAGUGUCUUUUCCUGCAAUUGGAUAACUACAUGAAAUCUAUGGACGUUCCUCUACAUUUACAAACGCAAAUUAUUGAAAGAUUCAAGUUCAACUAUCAAAAAAAAUAUUUUAAUGUCCAAGAACUUAUGGCAACAUUAACGGACUAUCUAAAAACCGAGUUAUUUAUGCACGGAGCUAAGAAGCUAAUAGCCCUAAACGGGUUUUUAAAACAUCUUGGUUCGAUUGAGCUAGGUUUGCUGUUUGCUCAUAUGACAUCCGAAACGUACGCUAAGGAAGAAAUAAUCGUAGGAGAGCUCAGAGAAAGGACUCACACGUAUUUCAUUUUAUCAGGAUCAGUUUCAGCUAUUGGAAGUGAUGGUGUAGAGCUGUUUCAUUUGCAAGACGGUGAUGAAUUUGGAUUGCUGAAUUUAUCUAAAUUAGCAUCAUAUGAAUCGUAUUAUUCGUUUUGUUUCGUUGCAAUUGAAACUACUGAGGUAUAUUCUUUGGAGAAAAAAUGGAUUCAAAUGGUGUUAGAUCGGAUUCCGAAGCUUGGGAAAUACUUUAACCAAAGAGCUGAAGAACGUAUGGCGAAGAUAAAAUUAGCCUACAAAACUGAAGAAAUAGGUGGGGAGAUCGUACUGGAUAAUAUGAUGAAAGGAAGAAUAUUGGAGCGUCGAAGACUAAAAAAUAUUGUCUUAGAGUAUUGAGUUGGUUACUUUUAGUUUAAUGGAUAGAAAAAUAGAGUAUAGAGUAUUAUAUACCUGUGAGGGAUAUUUAUAAUUUUGUUAAAUAGAUAAAGAGUUCAAACUUAAAUAUAAAUUUAUAUUUGUUCAUGAA